AAAAAACCCUUCUUUUUUUCUUAAAAAAAGUAGUUAAUUACACCAUACAAUCUUAGCUAAAGCGCUUUUUGAACAAAGAGAUUAAUCACAAAUUCACAUGAUACGCAUACUAAGAUCACAUAGGCCAUACAACCCCAAACAUAUAGGCCAGCAGCCCCACCUUCAGCGGGGGAAAUAACAAAAGCAUCUUUGAUUCUCUUCUUUUGUACAAAUCACUAACAUUAAUACUCAAAAAUCUGUGAUAAGACAGCCAAAAGAUAACUAAUUAGUCAUAACUAAGAGUUUUUAAUGAAAGCUAAUAUAAAAGCUCUUCCUUUGUGGUCACUCCUCACAACUCACAAUUAGCUUUUCUUAUUGCCACAGCAAAAGUAGUACACAUCCCCACAUGCCAUUACUCCAAAGCCAGACAGCCAGAGAUAAACCCCCUUUAUCAACAGUUGACCAGUCCUUACUUACUCCUUUACACCUUACCCCUUACCCUGUAUAAAUAAAUAUCAAUAAACCAAUUUCAUUCCACCACCUUUUUGCUGCUUCUUCUCAGUCUCAGUCUCACUCUCACUACAACUCUACUUCCAUGGAAGAGAACUUAUCUCUAAAAUGCUUUCGCCGGCCGGAAUACAAUACCCACCUACCGGAGAGUCCAAGAGCUCCAAUGGAGUUUCUUUCUAGGUCAUGGAGUGCUUCAGCUCUCCAAGUCUCGAAAGCCUUGCUGACACCAAACAACAACAAUAAUAAUAACAAUCAUAGUAACCCUUCUUGUAUGACCUCCAAGUCUGCCAAUAGCUCCUCUUCUUGUACUAAUACAUCUAUAUCUGAAGAUGUCAUAGAAGAAUCCGAGGAGCUCCCCAUAUUGGCCGGACACCAGUUUUCUUUUGCUUCCUCUGUUACUUCCCAACUCGUCCUCGACCGUAUAAUGUCCCAGUCUAUGAGAGAGGAAGUAUCACCAUUAACAUCGGGUAGACUCUCCCACAGCAGUGGACCCUUGAAUGGAGGUUCUCUGACAGAGACAGACAGCCCUCCAGUAUCUCCUUCAGAAGAAUAUGACGACGUCGUCAAGUUCUUCCGUUCAAACAACAGCAUACAACACCUAUUCAAUGGUGGACGAACAAGCGCAGGAAAUGUCAAUAAUGCCCCCACCACAGGCGGAGCCAAGACUGUAGGGAGGUGGCUCAAGGACAGGAAAGAAAAGAAGAAAGAGGAAAGCAGAGCCCAAAAUGCUCAGAUCCACGCUGCAGUCUCGGUGGCCGGUGUGGCUGCUGCUGUGGCUGCCAUUGCCGCUGCCACAGCAGCUUCAUCUUCCACGAGAAAGAAUGAGCAAGCAGCCAAAACAGACACAGCCAUGGCGUCUGCGGCCACGUUAGUAGCCGCACAAUGUGCUGAGGCUGCUGAGUCUCUUGGAGCUGACCAUGAACACCUCGCUUCGGUGGUUAGCUCUGCUGUUAAUGUCCGCUCUUUUGAUGAUAUCCUAACUCUCACAGCUGCAGCAGCCACUGCUUUACGUGGUGCGGCGACACUGAAGGCGAGGGCCAUGAAGGAAGUGUGGAACAUUGCGGCAGUGAUACCAGUUGAGAAGGGAAUGGCACUCGGUGUUUGUGGCAAAGCCAGUACGGAUCAACUUAAUGCCAACAUCAGUGGAGAGAUAUGCCCUCCAGAAAAUUUGCCACUUGUUUGGAACCAAGAUCUUCUAGCUAGGGGGACUGAGCUACUCAAACGAACAAGAAAAGGUGAUCUUCACUGGAAAAUAGUCUCUGUUUACAUUCAUCGAUCUGGGCAAGUGAUGCUGAAAAUGAAAAGCAAGCACGUAGGUGGGACAUUCACCAAGAAGAAAAAGAAUGUUGUGCUGGAAGUUUGUAAGGACAUGCCGGCUUGGCCAGGACGACAUUUGUUCGAUGGUGCGGAUCAGCGUCGUUACUUUGGAUUGAAAACAGAGGCACGUGGGCUUGUGGAGUUCGAGUGCAAGACUCAGAGUGACUAUGAACUCUGGACUCAAGGGGUCUCCAAGCUGCUUUCCAUUGUUGCCGAGGGAAAGAGUAAUCGUUGAACAAAAUGUCCUAUUUGCGUUAAAACAACAAAUAUUUGAUCUUCUAGAUAGCUUUUAAGACUAAGAGUUAGACUAGUUUCAUGUUCUAAUUGUUGACUUCGAUCAAUUCCAUUACUGCCUCUGUGUAAAUAGGAUAUUAAGACAUCAAAUGGUCAAUGAUGGAGAUAUUGCAGGGCCUGCCAGAGCUAUAUACAUUAUCGAAAUUAGUUGAAAAACGAGUCAGAUUUAAAUUGAAGAUUAAGCCUAGAGUUUAGCCAAGUAUAAAUUGUAUUGUUCGACUGAUCAUUUCACCAGAAUUUCUCAAUUUAAAUAUAAGGAAUGUCAUAUUCAUUUUACUAUGAACCUUUGCUCAGACUGAUCUCAAAGUGGUUACAUUUUCUUAGUUUGCAGAACUAUGGUCUAAACCCUAGGCAAGUAUUGAUCCAAAGAAACCCAAAAAUAAAGACAUUUUCAUCAAGUGACAGUGAUCUAUAGUAGAUAAUCCGACAAUAGUUUCAACACAAUUAGAUCUUGUUUCUAUGUACAUACCAUUAAGAUACAAGUAUAUUUGCUUCAAUAUAAUAGUCUACAUGGAAAAAAGAAACAAUGUCGUGAAGAAUUGGUUUAUACCAAAGAAGGGGUUACAAGGAAAAAAAGGAGCAAAAGGAUUUGUCUGCUCAGCUAUCAGCUGCUCUGAAAAUAGUCAGCAGUGAGAGGAAGAGGUUAAUAAUAUCCAAGUACAAGGAAACCGCAGCCCAAAUGUAUUCAUCAUAAGUAUAGCGUUUAAUCAAGUUGUCUGUGUCGUAUAUAAUGUAUCCACAGAAUAUGAUUGAAGCCAGGCACCCAUAUAUCAUAACUGAGAUCUUGCCCAGCGGAAAGAGAAUCUG